GCUUCAUCUUUCAUCUACAUUAAGGUCAAAGCCUUCCUCACUGAUGUGAAAGCCAGAGCAAGUAACAGAGGAGGUGGGUUUACUAUUAUGGGCAGAAAAAAGGCAAAAGCUUUAAGAGUAAUUCCUUGA